AUCUUCUUCGCUUUAAAAGUAUUUAGCAGCACACAAAAUGAACUGAUUAGCAUUGACAUUAUUGCUAAAAAGCAUAAGGGAUUUUUAUUUUGUAUCUCAAAAUGUUUGUCUUUCCCACCAGGUCAGUUCCAAACUUUCCUCCAAAAUGGUUUCAUUUUCACCAUCACGUUUCUCGCAUUUACUGCUGUCUUCACAUCUUUGGAAAGCACUACAUCCACCCAAAACAUCAACCAGUCACACUGCAAUGCCUGGUUAACCCACAAGAAGUGGAAGAGCCUGAAUUUUACAACUACCAGGACGACAACGCUUUUCUUGAAACUGGAGGAUUUUUUGUGGAGGAAGUAUGUGUCCCAGCAGGCUUUACCAUAUGGCAUCAAAGGAAGUGAGCCGAUGUUACUCAAAGUUCUUGCUGCAACUAAAAGUUAUGACAUGCCAGCUCACAUUGAGAACCUUGAAUGCAGAACGUGUGUAGUGGUGGGAAACGGCUUUUCCAUCAAAAACACCUCCUUGGGAAGCAUCAUUGACAAAUAUGAUGUAGUCAUUAGGUUAAAUGAUGCCCCAGUUAGGGGCUAUGAGGAGGAUGUGGGAAAGAAGACCACCUUGAGGAUAUUCUACCCCGAGUCGGCCUCCACCAACCCUAGGUUGCACAAUGAAGAGGACACACUGAUGGUCUUGGUGCCUUUUAAACCAGAAGAUCUUCGCUGGCUUAAAGAGAUCCUCUAUGAUGAGAAGAGGAACAGUGAAGGCUUUUGGAAGCCCCCUCCUCUAAUCUGGUUGGGUGACAGAGGAAAAGUGAGAGUGUUGGACCCACAUUUUAUGCAUCAGACUGCAAACAAACUGCUCCAGUUUCCUCUGCCGCCGAAUAUAAAACAGAACAAUUUUUAUCCCACCACAGGGAUUCUUGCUGUGUUUGUGGCUCUCAAUUACUGUGACGUUGUCCACGUAGCUGGAUUUGGUUACCCCGCAAACAAUGACCAGCAUCAACAUAUACAUUAUUAUGGACACCAUACUAUGAAAUCUAUGCAGGAAUCCAUUACCACGAGUGGUUGCCUGAGUCUGCUGCAUUUCCAGAUCACAGCCUUGUCAUUACCUCCUGUCAAGCCACGAAUCUCUGCCGAUCUUCGAAUCCACCACGACCCUCUGCCGAUCCUUCAGUCCACCACGAGCCGUGGUUGAAGCCACCAGUGAGGUCACAAGCCGACGAAAAACCUCCAUCCUCGUCGUAGGUCCUCCUCGGAGUCAGCUGCUUUGCUAACCUACCUCUGAAUCAAGAUCUGAAAAUUAAAUCCUUUCAAUCAUC